UUUCCCGAAUGUUGUCUGUCCUGCUAAUCCGCAACCACCAAUGUCCAAGAACGUGCUAGGGCCCAUCGCCGCACGCACCCCUAAAUCUGGUGCGCCGCCGUGAUAUGCACUGUGCUGGCUGCCACGCAAACUUCUACGACGCGGGCUUUGGGAUCUACUUCCACGGGUUGCAGAUAGCGAAGCUAGUGGCGGAGCCCUUCAGCGUCCGAAAGAACAGUUCAAUGGAGUUUCAUUAUCAGGUGGAGUCAUCGCCAGUUCCACUGGACGCGGCCGCAAUGGAUUACAUGGACGCGACGCUGAAGGAGAAAAAGAUUGCGUUUAACCUGAAGGGUCACGUGAGGACCAGGUGGAGAGUGGGGAUUCUAGGCUCUGUCAAGUUUUGGUGCGAUUUGGAUUGUCAGCUCCAGUUCAACCCAUUGAACAGAAGUUACAUUCCCUCCUAUUGCAGCUCCAAAUCUAAAUAAUCUCCCCCUCUCUGCCUCUUUCUCUCUCUAGUUCUGUUUGAACUUUCAGUUUAAAUGCAAUAAAUUUUAGAGUCUUGUGUUGAAUCAA